GCUUGCACACACUAUUAUCUACUGGAGCUGUUGAGGCUGGGUCCUCUCUACUAUGACAAAUGAGAAUCAUGGAUUCAUUAUUACAGAGCAGUGGGAGUGUGUCAAAUGACCAAAGGCCACGUUUUCACAGAUUUAAAAAUUCUUGUCAAUAAAUUAAAUUUGUAUUCAUUCAUCUGCUAACAUCGCUAAAACUAUGCUUCACUGAUACAGUCAGUAUUUUGGUAUUUGAGACACAUAAACAAGCAAAUGCUAAAUUUUUUGCUACAAAUAUUCAACUCUUUUUAGACAACUGUAGUUAGCACAAUGGAGGCUCAUAUCAGAUGAGUACAAUCCAUAAAUGCCAUCCAUAGAUACUUUUAACAAAUAUGCUCACAGGAUUUUUCCUUUGUUUCAGUUCAUUUUGUGACUGAUGGAAAAACUGAAAUAACAGGAAUUCAAGAAAAUGGUACUAAAGAUAAUUUGAAGAUGUUGAGAAGUUUUGUUAAGUAAAAUUAAAGAGUUACUUUGAUCAUAUUUAUUUGCUUUAUUUAAAUACCCCAUAUGCCAUUAAGUGUAUUUCUUUUUUUUUUUCAGAAUUCAUUGGUGAAUCAUACUGCUGAGCCUUAGUCAACCUGCUUUAGAAUAAAAUGGAUGACAGCGAAAAUCGACCUCUCUUAGGAGUGCGUGUAAAUCCGAGCUGGGAACGAGGUCCCUUUGCUCCCUCCUCCUCUUCGGUGCCGCGUCAAGCUAGUAACGGCGGGAAUAGACGUUCCAAGUUGCAGAAAACUGCCAACCAAGAUGUGACCAGAGGUUCAAGCUCUAACAUCCAGAGCUUACUCCCCACCAACGCAUCCAGCAGCUGGCAUGUGAGGUGCGCUGUCUUUGCCAUUCUCCUAUCAGUUGUAUUAGAAAGGGUCAGCUUUUAUGGCCUGACGGGAAAUUUGGUGCUUUUCCUCAACAAAACGCCCUUCAAUUGGGAAUCGUAUCACGCCAUGAAUGCGUUAUUCCUGUUUUACGGUAUUAUGUACAUAGUUUCUCUCAUCGGCGGCUGGAUUGCAGAUUCGUGCCUCGGACGCUUUAAGGCUAUGCUGCUGGCUUUCCUCAUCUACAUCUGUGGUUAUGUGCUCAUGCCUUUUAUUGCACAGAACACGCACACUGCCGCCAAUAACUCAUUGCAGUCAAGCAAUACAUCUGACAGUGACUAUUUGCUACCAAAGAUUUGUGUUGAUGUGACACCCAUUCAAGGUGAAGUGGUGAGUCCUUUUGAGGAGAACUGUGCAUGGCUCAUUUAUGUGACUUUAAUCAUUAUUGGCAUCGGAGCUGGGACCCUGAAGGCCAGUUUUUGUCCUUUUGGAUCUGAGCAGGUAAUUCUUUUAUGCAAUAAUAACUUAUUUUGCCUGGUAAAAAAGUUUGUACGGCUAUAAAGAUCAUUGAGAUUGUUCAGGUUUUGUCAUAAUUUGUCUCUACAAAUAUUAAAUAUUUUUGAUCUCAUCAUAUUAAUUAGACAUGCAUAGAACAGAAAAAGUAAAUUGUGUACUUUGCAGUACAUUAUUGAUGAUUUAAUUGUCUUUAAUAAAUUAAGUGCAAUUUAUAGCUGUCUAAAAUGAAGUAAUUCAGUUCUGUGUGUAAUUUUUAACUAAGCACAUUUUAAAUUAUUUCAGUUCAUAGCAUUUUGAAUAAAGACAAUAAAAACUGAGGGACUUAUAUAAACAAUAGUCCAUUGUCAGUAACUCAUGCUGAAAUGGGGGGGGGGCACUGUCCUGAUUAAAAGUCUUUAUCUUAUUAUUGGUUACACAUGGGUAAGCUUGAUGUUGCAUGUAAGAUGGUUAUGGUGUUCAAUGGUUGUAUCAUUUUUAGCCUGAAAAUAAGUAUGGAGAAAAUGUCACAGGACAAUUUAUGCUAUCCAAAAUUUCAUGGUCCAAAUGCUCAAAAUCCAUGUAAAUGUUUCAACCUUUAAUUUUUAAUAUUUCAACCAUAAUUCCCUUACAGCUUACUAGAGCCAGCCAACAAACUCAGCUGAGUUUCUUCAACUGGUUCUACUGGUGCGUCAACUUUGGCAGCUUUGUAGGCCUGGGAGCCAUUGCCUAUAUCCAGCAGCAACAUAGCUUUGAAAUAGGAUUUAUCAUUGGUGCAAUUACACUGGGAUGCUCUGGGCUUGUAUUUAUAUUUGGUGAGUGGACAAUUCAAUUACUGCUGCUUAUUUAUUCAAAUAUUGUAUGUACAUAUUGUCCAGCUUAUUUAUGCACAUAUUUUUGUACUUAUUGUUCAGCUUAUUUAUGCAUAUAUGUUAUGUAAUUAUUGUCCAGCUUAUUUAUGCAUACAUGUUAUGUAAUUAUUGUCCAGCUUAUUUAUGCAUAUAUUUUAUGUACUUAUUGUCCAGAUUAUUUAUGCAGAUAUUUUAUGUACUUAUUGUCCAGAUUAUUUAUGCAGAUAUUUUAUGUACUUAUUGUCCAGCUUAUUUAUGCAUAUAUUUUAUGUACUUAUUGUCCAGCUUAUUUAUGCAUAUAUUUUAUGUACUUAUUGUCCAGCUUAUUUAUGCACAUAUUUUUUAAAUUAUUGUCCAGCUUAUUUAUGCAUAUAUGUUAUGUAAUUAUUGUCCAGCUUAUUUAUGCAUAUAUUUUAUGUACUUAUUGUCCAGCUUAUUUAUGCAUAUAUUUUAUGUACUUAUUGUCCAGCUCAUUUAUGCACAUAUUUUAUGUUCUUAUUUUCCAGCUUAUUUAUUCAAAUAUUUUAUGUAAUUAUUGUCCAGCUUAUUUAGUCACUUAUUUUAUGUACUUAUUGUCCAGCUUAUUUAUGCACAUAUGUUAUGUAUGUUCUUAUUGACUCUUAAUUUUUUUUUCUUUUUUGAGGAUUUUUGACAUUUCCACAAGCUUUAAGGUCUCUUUGAAGACUUUAUUAUUUAGAUUAACCCAGUGGUUCUUAACCUGGGUUCGAUUGAACCCCGGGGGGUUCGGUGAGUCAGUCUCAGGGGUUCGGCGGAAGUCCAAAAAAAAAUCCGAAAAAAAAAUCAUAUUUUAUUUUUCCUAUUAAGAAGGGUUCAGUGAAUGCGCCUAUGAAACUGGUGGGGUUCGGUACCGCCAAAAAGGUUAAGAACCACUGGAUUAACUUAUUUUAACAAACAUAGAAUUUAUUUUUGAAAGAAAUCAAAACUGAAUUGUUAGAAUAUUAUUGUAAAUAUACUAUUGACUGUUAUAGAUUGUAUAUCAAUGAGUGUUAACAAUUUGUGUAAUUUUUGGGGAUGAGUUGUCCUUUAAGUUACAUGUAUUGACCUCUACCACUGCCACUUCUCUCAUUGGGAAGCAGAGGUUUUUCCCCUAGAAGAGCAGGGCACACUGGACGCUUCUUUUAGUAACUGGCCCUGUGGUGAUUCUUUUCUCUAUUCUCUUCAACAGGUCGCUGCUGUUACAUCAGUCGACCACCAGAUGGGAGUGUGCUAUCUAACAUAUUCAGGAUAAUUAGAGAAGCCUGGAAGAGGAAAAUUGAGAGGCAACAACUUCGACAGCUUCACAAGAAGUCAGACCCACAAGGGUAUGUUAAUGAACAAUUAAGUUAUCAUUUGUCACAUAUUCUACAAAGGGUUGCCCCUAAUCUUUGCCUAAACAUAUAAAUCUUGUGCAAAUGAAAAUUACAUUUGUGUAUUUAUUUGACCUUCUAAAAAAAAAAUGUAUCUGAUCAACUAUAGUUAUGGCCACAAGGUUGCUUUUGUGUAACAUUUUUAUUAGAUUCUCACACUAAUGAGAUUUCACCUCAAGACAAUUAGAUUGAUUUGCUCUCCAGAACACAUGGUCAUGUUGAAGCUAUAGUUGAAGAGAAGAUUGGUUUUCUGGACCAUGCUAAACACAGGCAUGGAGGAAUUUUUCACAACUCUCUUGUGGACGAUGUGAAAAAACUGGGGAUGAUUCUAGCUGUGUUCGCUGUCCUCAUCCCUUACUGGAUUGUCUAUUUUCAGGUUAUUUCCAAUUUUAUUUUUCAAUUAAAAGUAAUUCAUUAUCUCUGGGUGGGGGAAACCGUGUCAGGCUUGAAAAUAAAUCAUCAUCUCACGUCUCCAAGGACUUUGAAAACUGUAACAGUAACAGGAAAAAGUUAAUUCGAUCAAGUAAAUGAAUUUAAACCCUCAACCAAGUCUGGUCAAAAUACCUGGCACCAGUCUAGAUUGCCACUUAAUAUCCAUUUAUCUUACUCAAGCACUUUUGGUGUACGAUUUUAAAUUGUUUUAUUUUGUAAAUAAUCGGGUAAUUAAUUUGUAUUUUUUUUUUUUUUUUGUUGUUGCUUGUUUACAUAGAUGCAGACCACAUUUCUUUUCCAAGGUCUUCACAUGAAACUGGGCUUCCAUGUCAACAUUUCGGUCAAUUCUUCUUUCCUAAGUGGCAACAACUUAUUUUAAAUUUUUUUAUUUUGUAAAUAAUCGGGUAAUUAAUUUGUAUUUUUUUUUUUUUUUUGUUGUUGCUUGUUUACAUAGAUGCAGACCACAUUUCUGUUCCAAGGUCUUCACAUGAAACUGGGCUUCCAUGUCAACAUGUCGGUCAAUUCUUCUGUCCUAAGUGGCAACAACUCAACUGUGGUAAUUGGGAUUCUUCUUCUUUUUUCAUAGUUCAUUUAUGACAUAAUAUUUCUUGUUUCACAAAUCAUACAUGAGACACAUUAAUUUUGUUAGAGAGAGCACCAUUGGUGACCUUGGUUAUGCUCAUCUAAAUGUUUUUAUAAUUAUAUUUUGUGUUUAAAAAAAAAUAUCAUCUUCAAAGAUUGAUGUAUGUUUUAGAUUUAUCAAAACAUUUUUCCUUAAUAAAUUCCUAGUAAGAUAAGCAAAAUCACAUUUUUAUCCAUUGAACACAAGCUUAACUUUCUUUAAAAUCUCUGAGACUUAUGAGUACCUAAUGAGUAAUAGCGGAGAAAGUGAUAUCUAGACAUUUUGAAAGAAUGCAGCUAUUAAUCAUCUCGGUAGGCUAUGAUGAAACCAGGCUCCCGAUGAUUUUUACCAGUCCCCCCCCCCCCCCCCCCCCCCCCCCCCCCCCCCCUCACUCGCCCCAAAAUUUUAGAUCUUAAUAGAUCGUCACAAAUUCAUAACACCCCCACAUCCCCGAUGUGUGACAUCGUUAAUGAAAUUCCCCUUAUGUGGUAAGCACAUCAAUUUCAGACAUCUGCUUCAGGUCCUAAAUGAACUGGAAUAGAUGUGGAGCUGCUAUAACUAAACUAAAUAAUUCAUAGAAUUGCAACCAUUGCACUGUGUGUAAAAAAAAAACCCCGCCUGUUUUUAGGCUGAUACAAAUUUUUAAAAAAAGAGAGAGAAGUCUAUACAAGGUAGUUAUUUUUAAAAGUGUGUACUCUAUUUAUUUUAAAGAUUUCUUCUUAUUUCAGGUUACUGAUAAUCCAGAGGUUUGUUCAAUUAGCUCUUACUAUAAAAACUAUAACCAUCUUUUUGAUUCCGUUUAGGUACAUUUUUGUCUGUGUGCCGUUAUAUGUUUUAUUAAUGAUUUUCUCUUUCUUUGGGGUGUUUGCUGAGAAAAUAAAGUAGUUAGUGAUCGAAGUUUAAAUGCUAUAAACCUUUUAAAGAAUAAUUUUUAAAAAAAUGUUUAGUUAUUUAGUUUAAAGAAGCAUGAAAAAUCUAAGCAAUUAAAAAAAAAUUAAAUGAUUUGUUUAAAACAAACCUGCUGAUUUCAGUUACGUUAGGUUAAAUUAUUUUAUUUAACAUUAAUAUUAAUAGUGAUUUUAUAGAUUAUUAUUAUAAUAAGUAAUUGAAUACCUACAACUUUCCACCUCUUAAGCAAUUAACGUUCUAACUCGUAUCAAAUAUCAAAGCUUAUCUAAUUAGCCAGCCAACAUUUGGCAUAGCAAACCAUUUCAUUUUUACAUCAUUUAUAUUAUUCACUAUUUUUUAAGCAUCAGAUAAAAUUUCGAUUAUCUUUACUUCAUGAGAUAUUUGUUUGUCAAUAAAGUAAAUGCCUUCACUUGUAUCUGAAUAUAAUAUUUAAUAUAAUUUAUAUACAAAUAUAAGCGCAAUGAUUAUUUUUAUUAUUAUAAUUAGCAGCUAAUUAGAAAAUAGGUAAAGUCCCUAAAUUGCAACUAGUUGAAAAUAAAAUCCAUUUUAAUUCACCUGUCUUUGUUAUUGGUAAGGUCCACUUAGUCCCAUCUUGGCUCAGUGGAAAAAAGAGCCUUUAACUUUAAUAUUUUUUAAAUUUCUGGUUAAAUUAUUGAACAAGAUCUGAAAAUGAGUUAUUGCCCCUUCAAGCUUGUUAAUGAAACCCUUACUCUAUUUUGUUCUGUUGCAUUGAUUCAGACCCUGCACUCUGAUAUUAGCACACUAUAACAUCUCUGCACCCUGUUAUUAGCACAUGAUAAUACCUCUGCACCCUGAUAUAAGCACAUGAUAACACCUCUGCACCCUGAUAUAAGCACAUGAUAGCACAUGCAAAAUUUAACCUCUUCACUAUAUUAUAAAAAAUAUCUAGUAAAUCAUCAUAUGAAAUAUUUAACCUUAAAAAGUAAACAAAUAUUACAGUACUUUUUUUUUAAAGAAAAUAAAUAUAUUUUUAAAAAAAAUAUUUGGCUUGGUGGUGCGCUUGUAAAUUAUUUGAAUGUUUUCAGUUGUCAUGUUAGAAAGAGCAAUUAAAGCCCAAUACUUUAGGUCUUUUGAAUACAGUUUUAAUUACUCUAUUAGUUUCAUUCGUGUUCUUUCGUAAAAUAAGUCUAAAUUUUAAAAACUAAUUACAUGUACUUUAUUUGUUCUAGUUCUAAAGCCAAUUUUUUGGGAAAAUAUUUCAGGGAAAAACAUGGUGGUGGUUUGGCUUAUUUGUGAGUCAUAGGAAAUUUUAGGAUGAGGUCCUAGUCUACUCUAUUCUACGCGCUACAAGUUUCAAAUAAGUUACUAGAAUAAUUAAAAAAAGCUACUGGCAGUAGAUAGUGUAACUAUUCGUGUUGUGAGCACCAGCAUAAUUAAUAUCAACCUAAAUAUUUUUUAUUGCUUACACUGGCUUAUGAUUUUACGGGUCGGCUUCUGAGUGGUUAUACACUUUUCAAGCUUUCUUGUCCAAAACUGCAGUGGUCGGCUUCUGAGAGUAGUAAUUUAACACACCAGUCUUCUGAGAGUAACAAUUUUAAUACACCAGUCUUCUGAGAGUAACAAUUUUAAUACACCAGUCUUCUGAGAGUAACAAUCUAAUACAUCAGUCUUCUGAGCAUAACAGUGUAACACACAGCAAUGAUUUUUUUUGUACGGUAACUGAUUAACGUCAUUUCUAAUUACUUAAAGUUAUUAGCAUUGUUUAAACUUGUGAAGCAAUACAUGUGUCGACCAUUGGAAGUUCCAUGAUGAAACUUAAUAAAAUCAAAUUUGUCUUGCAAUAAAAUUGAUUUUAGCUUAGUUUCAAAAACUUAAUGAACUCAAAUUUGUCUUGCAAUAAAAUUGGUUUUAGCCUAGUUUCACUUAUAAAAUCAUAAAACAAAAUCAUAAAUUUAUACAAUGCAAAGCUGCACCUAGCUUAUCCUAAAUUGACGUCCUAUUUUGGUUCUAGGAUUGCUUUAACACUUAUACAAUACGCCAACAAACAUUUUAUUUACGCUCAUCACCUUUGCUCUCAAAUACUGUGUUGUUUUCUGGUGCUUUUUUCUUUUUUUGGCAAUUACUCAUUCCUUAAAUUUAUUAUUGGGUUGCUAUGGUGUGGUGAAAUAAAAUAUUUGGCUUUAAUAAGGUAGAGACCAAUAAAAAUGCUUGAAGGUAUGUCAACAAUUAAACAUCUCAGCGUGUUGUCAAUGAAACAUUUUAACAUAAUGUGAAAAUAAAAUUAUUCUAUGCAUUUUAAAAUAAUUUGAUAGGGUUUUAUGAUCGAUGUAACAACCGCUCAGAGUAAAAUUUUGAAGGAAAGAGAAAGCCGGAUUUUUAAAGAAAUCUUUUAGAUACACCUGGAACAUCAAAAAAUCAUUCAGGAGACCUGCUGCUUAAAAUUAAUGUGCUUAAUUUAUUAUAAUCGAGAGAUUGCAUCAUUCUUAAAAAAAGCAUUUUGAAAAGUCAUGAAACUAUGGAUGUUGCAAGUGUGACGUUUGUUCCAUGCUGUCAAGCAGAUUAUCAAAAUAAAUGUCAAUGUAAUUCAGUUCACAGCCUCAAAUUUGUUUCAACUAAUGACUAUUAUAUUUUUAUCCUUUGCUCAGAUUGUGGCGGCGUGGUUCACUUUAUUUGAUGCCAGCUUUGUGAUAAUUCUGUUGCCACUGUUUGACCGAGUCAUCUACCCACGCAUGUCAAGAGCAGGCUACCCGUUCAAAUUCACCAAGAGAAUUGUACUGGGCAUGGUCUUUGCCAUGCUUGCCAUGAUUGUUGCUGGAGUUGUGGAGCAUUUCAGACUCCAGAGUUUCUGGCCUUACCCUGAUCAACCUUGUAGGAAUCAAUCAAUCAACCAGAAGAUAGGUAUGGUAGAAAGAAAGAUCCCCUUUAGCCUGUCAUUAAUAAUUAUGUUCAUCUCUUUGUUUCAAUGUCUUGGCAGUAAUUUUUAGCAAAUUUCCUGUCUUAUAAGGUUUUGUCUCAAGAGAAGAAAAAAAAUUUGAUGGGUUUAAAUGACUCGUCCAUACUAAACAUACAAGGGAGGAAAUUAUAUGUUAAAAAGGAAGAAUGUAUUAAAAAUCUUGGAGUCUUGUUUACUCAUCUGGAAUAAAAACUAGAAUUCUGCUCUCUUCUUUCUGAAUUCAGAACACAAUAGUUUGAACACUUUUGGUGUUACUGGUAUUUGGAUUAUUAAUUUUUACUUCAUGUUUCACCAGGCAACAGUGUGUAUGAGGCUGCAGACAUGACAGUGUUCUGGCAAAUUCCCCAGUAUGCCCUUAUCGGUAUUAGUGAAGUUUUUACCAGUGUGGCCGUUCCAUAUGGAGACAACGUACCAAAACGUGUUAUUAAUUAUGUCUUCUUAUACAUCCUACAUUUUAUGUUUCUGGUACACACUAUACUACUAAUCCCCCCCCCCCCUUUCUAUCAUUUCUUUUCCUUCUAUAAUAUAUAUUAGUUGUGUAAAUUUACAACAUUUCAACCUUCAUCUGGCAGACCACCAGGUAUUGAGUUGGGGACUAGUAAUGGUUCCUAGAAAUUAGGUGGCCAUCCAUAAAUGUUCAUGCUAUUAAACACAUUAUUUUAUACUUGUGUCCUAUUUUUUAAUUUAUCUUAUGUUUAAAAUUUACAAGCUCACUGUGAUGAUUAAAAGAAUGAUACCGGUAUCUACUAUUUUUUUUUAAAAUUACAGUAUAUUAUCAAAUAUAAUGCCAAAAAUCUAUGGUAAAAAAAUACUACUCUAAGUUAGGGCAUUAUAUAGAGAUCUAUAAAAAAAAAAAGGUCAGUUCCUUAAUUUGUUAAGGCAUACUCUGAGCAUGCAUGUUUAAGCAAUUUAUCAUUUAUUGUUUGUUCAAACAACAUUCUGUGACCAAGCAAGUAUUGUAUCUGCUUAAGACCAGAAAUGUUAGAAACACCCUAUUGUUAUUUCUGUUAAACCACAGUUCAUAGAUUAUUAUUUUAUUUUUUUUAUACAAAAAAAACUGUUUCUUUGUUUCAUUAACAAUGUUAAAGAAAAAUUAAACAUACAAGUUUUUUGGAAAUUUAGGGAGUCAUUAAGUUCACCAGUCAUAGUGAAAUAUUUUGAUUUUUUUCAAUAUUUUUUUUCAAAGAGCCUCAUAUCACAAGAACGGAGUAAAUUUUAGUAUCCCACUGUGUGGUAAUUAAGUUGCUAGGUGCCCUGAACGAGCAUCGUAGUAGGCAGGCACUUUUGGGCAUUAGGGAGCAAAAGCCAGUGGUAGUUGGAAUUUGGGAAUGGACAGCAGGUGGUAUUUGGAAUUUGGGAAUUGACAGCAGGUGGUAGUGGGAAUUUGGAAGGCUACAGCAGGAGCUUGUCGGGGUUUAAGAGGUGACAACAGGCACAUCAGAAUUAUGGAGGUGACAGCGGUCACUACUGGUAGAAAGUUAAAGUAACAAAAUUCUUAUUAGAAAUUUUAGUUUAAAAAAAAAAUUAAAAGUGCCCUUCUCAUUUUAACUCCUCAGGUCUUCAGUUCGCAGUGACUGUGGCUCCCAAGUCAAUGAAGGCAAUCAUCACGGGUUUGUUCUAUUUCUUCUCUGGCAUCAGUAGUUUCUUGGGUACGGCCAUUUUGACCACCCUGGCCUCUACCCAAACGUGGUUCAACAGAUACAAUUAUGGAAACAUCAACUGUAGGCUUCCUUGUAACUCAUCCAGUGAUCUAACAUACACACAGUCGUGUCACUUGGACUAUUAUUUCUACAUGUUAGCAGGCAUCGACCUGGUGGCCAUUUUCUUGUUUUUAGUUGUAUCAAAUAAGUUUAAACUCAAUGCGGAUCAGCUUGCCCUCAAUGUUCGACCGAAAGAGGACCAAUCUUCAAGUGGAAAUAGACACAUCCAGAGGCAUUCAGACAAAUCGCCACCUUCUUAGCUGGCCCAAAAGUCAUUUUUUCAACAAUGCGGCACAUAGAUUUAUGUAUUUCCCUUAUUCAUUGGGAAGCUCGUUGCCAAGUAUUGGCCGGUUAUACCCGUCGUCAACCUAGUGAGACAGAAAAUUGAAAUGUGCUAGAAGAAGAAGCAACUAUAGAUUCCAGAACAAACCUGGAAAUGAGCCACUUAUUAAAUAUCACUUCCCCUUCAGAUCAGAACAUUUGUUGCUGAGAAUAGUGCUAAUGUUUUAAAAAUAAAUUUUAAUUACUGGUACUCCAAUGAAUUUUUGUCACAGCGAUAGACGAAAUAUUUUUUGUAACAUCAUUUGAAUUUAUUUUUUUUUUAAAAUCAGAAAUUUCUUGAAAAAUUGUGAACCCUUUUUUAAAAAUAUAGCUUCAAUGAUAUGUUCAUAAGACUAAGAUACAUCCCAUCGAGUGAUUGAUUAAAAAGUUGUUGCAAAGUUUCCACUCUGAAAGUUGUUUUAUGCCAUUUUUUUGUCAACCCGGUCAGAGGAUAUUGUUACUCUUCUCCAAUAUUUCAAAUGUUACAUUUUAUGAGUCUCUCCUUGCUAUGAACUCAAUGUAAGGGAAAAAAGUUUUUGUAAUGAAAUUUUAGUCUGUUAUAUAUGUACUUACAAAUUUUGCACAAUGUUCAUUCUAUUUUUUUUGUUAAAAUCAUUUUUUGACAUUUGUUUUUAUAUUUCUCUAGAUCUUGUUCAUUUUUCGUGUUAAAAAUUAUUUUUAGAGAUUGUUAUUGUAUUUAUUCAACACAACAGCUUGAUGAUAUUAAAAAAUUAUACAUAAAAAGUCAUUGAGUAAAAAGGAGAUGCCGCAGCAUUCAAAUCAAAGACUUGAGAAAAAUCAUACUUUUUAAACAAAUUACAUUCUAAAUUAUAUUGGCUUUAUUAAGCUCACAAUGAGUUCAAUUAAAAUACAGUUAGGCAUAUUAAUGCCAAAGUCAAUAAAAAGAAAAAAAUAGUUUUAUUUUUAUGUAUUUGAUGAAACUACUAUGACCAAGUCUGUUUUGUCAAGAGAAAUAGAGCGAUGUCCACAUUCAGAUUGUUUUUGCUGUUGAAGGCGUUUUGUCCGAAACAUUCUCUUUUUUGUCAUUGUCCUUCUUCAGGAUUUCCUAUACCCUUUGUGUAUUUCUUAUCUGUUUUGUUACGCCUUGUUUCUAAGUUUAUUUCUUAAGCUCUAAAAAACUCAAGUCAAUUCACUUUCCUACCUGAAAACUGUAAUCAGGAGUGUCCCUUUAGCUGUUUUAAAGAAAACAAAAUUUGCUCUUCUGAGACAAAAAAUAAUAAAGAGGUAAAUAGAAAACCAAGGGGUACAAUUUUUCAGUUCUAGUUUUGCUUUUUGGUUAUGUCACAUCAGAAAAAAGAUGUUGUUGUAAAAUUGGAUUGUAAACAAAUUUUGAAUGAUACAUCCCACUCUCUUCAUCACAGAUCCUUAGGAUCGGCCGUUCGCGACAAAUUCUUUCUGUCAAGGCGAGGACUGAAAGAUAUAAUAAAAAUUCUUUUGUUCCCCCAUCUGUUCGAAUUUACCAGCAUGCUCCCCCUGAAUUCACAAAGCUUAAUGAGAACUAAUAAGUCCCUGAUAUGGCUAAGAGAAUUCACUGAAUGGUGUUUUUUUUUUUUUUUGACUAGUGAAAUAGUUUAAUGUAGAUGUCUUGUGUUAAAAUUUCUUUUAUUUAUGUGCUGAAAAUUUAAAAUGUACAAUGGAGUCAAAACAACAUUUCCAUUUGUUUGGAUCAAUAAAAGAAUAUUAUCUUAUCUUAUUAACUUUUUAAAUAAUGCCACCUGAUCUUUGAUUUAUAUUCCAUCUGGAUCUUCCAAUGAACCAUAAUAAUAAAUUGAAGCAAAGCCUGAAUGAAGCAGGAAAUAAAUGGAACCCUGUUUACUCUUGUUUUGACAUGACGGGAGCCCCCCCCCCCCCUUUGACAACCGAGGCCUGAGAAAGCUUUUUUAAAGUAGUAUUCUAGUAGUAUUGCAUUCUGUUCAAGACACCUUUGAUGUCAGUCUAUUUAAGACUCCAUGAUGUCAUGUAUAAGAAAAUAUGUUUUGAUGAAAAAUAAUAAUUCAGCUGUGCAUGCUUGAUACUUUGUUAGAUUGUGAACUUUAAUAGUGCUUUAAAAAGUUUAAAGAAAUUUGUCUCAUUUUGUAUCUUGGUGACCCUUUGAACCACCUCAUACUUAAAAACAAAAAUGAAUAUCAUUGGACCUGUUUAAUAAAUAGACUUUGAGCGGAAGAGAACUGUCAAACAUUCAUAUUCUACUAAUGGGUUAUAAGUCCAAUAAGGGGGGGCAUCUAUUUAUGUCAAUAUUCCUUUGAAGGCAUGUAAUUUUUUUCCUACCCGCUUUUUAAACUAAAAUGUUUAUUUUAUGAAAGGACUUAAGUUUGUUGUAUGUCAUGAUUUGUUUUGACUCUUAGGUACCACAAUAAGUUCAGAUUUAUCCUCUAUUCCUUACACACCUGUACUUAAAGGAAACAAAACCAUUCUCUGAAAAAUCAAACGCUCUCUGACCUUUUGUUUUUUUACUAUCAAAUUACCUCAUAUUUACUUUAAUUUUUUUUCAAAUAAGUCAUAUAAAUUAUAAUAUAUUAAUAUAUGAACAGUUGUUUUAUAACAUAUAUUUCAAUGCACUAUUGAGUUUUAGAUCUUCUAAAUGACAACUGGCAGAGAGAUGCAAAGAUGAAGGGAAAAUAUCCUGUAACUGAUAAAACACACAGUGUCGGUUAUCCCCAGUUUACAUUUGUUACACCACAGUUGUAUUGAAGGAAACACUCUCAUUGAUAAACAUAUGGAAGUGAAAGCAUUCAGAUUUUUAAAAUAUAAUAUACAAAAGGGAGAGAAUCCUACACAGACAUGGCGCAGAUUGUCAAACUUAGCCUUAUUCUCAUAUUUGGGUACCCUGGUUAUUGUUGAAAAUAUUUUUAUGUGAAGUCUUCCAGAGGGAAAAAAAAACAAACCAUCAUAUGUUUUUUAAAUAAAUACUCUCCAUUCUUGUUUACAGAAUAACAAUGAUGUGCUUAUCAUACAGAUAUUAUCCAAUGCUUUUAUACGCUCCAAGUGUUAGUGUUAUUGCUAUAAAUAAACUCAUUCAUGUUACAGUCCUAUGAUUCACUGAUAUUCCCACUGUGUUAAAAGUUUGAAACUUUUGUACCUCUAUUUCUGAAUGAAUAUCCGUUAUUAUUUAACAGAAUAACAAAAGUGAGUCUCAGAUAAACUGUUACAUAAUAACCACUCCCUUAAUGAGGGUGGGAGGGCUAAUUAAAAUGUCUAUAAUAUAAGAUAUGUCACUGAUUUUUUUUGUAGAAUUAUGCUUUUAUUUGAUUGCCCAUAUUUUGAAAUGAAAUUUUGUCACAUUUUUACUAAGUACACAGUGAAUCAUUGUAAGUGAUUGUACUAUACUCAAUCUCUCUGACUAAAUCAAUGAUUUUAAUAACCUGAAUUGUUUAAAUUUCCUUUUCAAAUAAGUCAAAGUAAGCAACUAAUAAAAUGUAUUUUAAAAAUAAAAUAUAGUUUAAAAAAUAACAGCCAGAGUUACUUUCAAUUUGAAACACAAUCCUCAACGGAAGUCUGAAAAUGGGAAAAUUAAAAAGAAAUCUGUUCCCAGGGUUGAGACAUGGGGUUGUAACAUUUUGAGUUGUAAUGUUUUCCGUUGGUCAAGCUUUGGGAAAAUUGAAAAAAAGUUUCAGAAAAGGAUUGAUUUUAAACAUCAUUUUAUUCUUCUACAGUCUAUUUUAUUUCUGUCAUAAGAAACUGUAUUACCAGUGUUACUUUUGUAGAUAUAUCAGAAUUUUUAAUACUAACUUUAUGAUUCAAUGGGAAUGUUGCCAAUACAAAAGAUUUUUGUGAUGUCAGAAUUCUAUUUCAUUCGCAAAUACAAAAUACCCUGGUGAGACAUCAAAGAUAUGGAUCCGAGUCUUGAUUAUUAGCACAACUGCGAUGAUGGUGAAUGCUUUCAACAUAGUUUUCUUCAACUUUAAGGUUACCGGCAUCCUAACAGCUUGAUACAAACAAGUGUAAUAAUAAUAUGGGCAGGACUGGGUUCAGGCUGGGGCUAUAAGAAAUGUAAAUCAUGGAUAAGUGGAAAACCUGAAAAAAGAUGAAGCAAAACAGCUGCUUGUUUGCUGUUGAAGGCUUUCAGCUGAAACGGUUGCUUUUGGUUGCUGUUUUUUUUAAAAGUUUUCCCCUAAUCUGUGUUGGUAAAUUUCUUAUUGAUAUAAAUAAACUCAUUAUUUCCAAUGAGAAGAUAAAGUUACCAACCACUUCAGGAAAAGUUAAGGUUCUUUUCUUUUUUUUUAAUUUUGAAUAUCAGUCAACAGAGGUAAUCUGUGUGUUUAUCUCCAGCCAUGCUCUUGUCUCUCUUUACUAUAAUGAUUGCAAUGAAAUUUAAUUCCAAGUCUUUUAAAAUAAAUUACCACAGUGCUAUAAAUAGAAUGCACAAAACCAUGCUUGAUAUACAGAUUUUUUAAACUGACAUUUAAAUUUAAUAAAUUAGCAAUUUUAAUUUCUAUAAAAACAUUUUAAAAUAAGGCUUUAGAUAUUGGUAAGUAUUGUCUUUUUAAAUAACUGUAUUGCUUAAAAUUAAAUAAAG